ACGUCGGUGACGCCAUGAUUCAUGAUUCUUGUUGAUGUUUAUGCCGAUCGCAUUACUUAAACUCUCUGUCCUCUGUCCGUGUUCGAAACUUACGGGAUUAUCAAGUCGAUUGCAUUUGCUAAAGCUAUUCUUACCAAUCAGCUUUUAGUUAAACAGAAGAUCAACAUGCCAAAGUAUUAUUGUGACUACUGUGAUACUUACUUGACGCAUGACUCGCCAUCAGUGAGAAAAACGCACUGCCAAGGACGAAAACACAAAGAAAAUGUGAAAUUCUACUAUCAAAAAUGGAUGGAAGAGCAAGCACAGCAUCUGAUCGACGCAACCACGGCAGCGUUCAGGGCAGGGAAAAUCCCGUCAAAUCCUUUUGCUGCUGGAAAAGGUGCAGCCAUCCCACCCCCUAACACGCAGAUUCCUCCACCUAUGGGCCAGCGUCCCCCGAUGCCUCACCCAGGAAUGCUUCCUCCGGGGGCCCAGAGACCCCCAAUGGCACCCGGCCCGAUGGGCCCUGGAAUGCCGCCUGGCGUGAUGAUGGCUCCUGGAAUGCCUCCAAUGAUGCCGGGAAUGAGGCCACCUAUGGGACCGAUGGGUCCUAUGAUGCAUAUGCCCCCUAUGGCUCCGAUGGGCCAAAUGGGGCCUGUUCGGCCACCACCACUGAUGGGAAACACCCUACCUCAACCCGUGAAAAAACCGUGAAAUUUGAACGUGUCACAUUAAUGAAUUUUUUAAGUGAAAGUGUGUCUGAACGAAUGAGUACAUGUUAGAAAGUGGAUGUCUAAUAAAUUGUAAUAAAAUGUUCCACAAAUUUUGUGCUGAUACGACUGGA